UAAAUUCUAAAUAUUUCAGGUUCUUUUGGUAUUCCAUUACUGUGAGUGUCGGUUUGGACCAGUUUCACGGUCAACUAAAGGAAGCAUUACCUAAUACGUCUACUACUGAAAUUAAUUCACAUAUCUACCAUUAAUUUUUUGUUUUUCAUUACUCAUCAGUGGCGCUUUUACGCUAGUUCACUGUCAUGAAAGCCUGACAAGCCAUUGAUACAGCCUCGUGUUUUCCAUUCAACCAAUGAGAUUCAAUACAGUAUUUUGUUUCCACCGUAGCAAAUAUCAUUUCUAAUUCAACAUCCAAAGACGAGACUGUUCACUUGUCCCCUGGUGUUUUGUCGCACGACAGGAAUACAAAUCUUUCGAGGAACUUGGAGAAAUUGGGACACUAGAUGAUUCAUCAUCGGCUGCGCAGUUGAAGUUCAGGGCCGUGAGAAUAUUCACCGAUGAGACGACAGAGAAACGGGACUCAAGGGUCGGAUGUGUUUGAAGACCCUACAACAGGCAGAGUCCAAGUGUACGUCAGAAUUCGUCCCUUGGUUCAAAGUGACGUCAGAAGUAUAGACGGAAAAGGUGCUGUCAUUGCGGAGGAUGACGAUUUAACCCAGGUUCGCGUUGUAGAUGGCAAAAGAGAGAAAAUCUUUCAGUUUGAUCAAAUACUGUCCCCCGAUGCCGCUAAUGAGGAGGUGUACCAGGUGGUUGGUAAGCCCCUCGUUGAGGCCUCGAUGACAGGCCUUAAUAGCAUCUUAAUGGCUUACGGGCAGACCGGGGCAGGUAAAACGCACACUUUGAUGGCUCCAGAUGGACUAACGACCAGUGUUGUGUCUCAUAUCUUUGCCCUCAUCGGUAAAGACGCAGCCCAUUCUUACGCGGUUACAUGUUCUUAUCUACAGAUCUACCAGGAAAGGGUUUAUGAUUUGCUAGGUGCCGAAAAAUCAGGGCCUGAAGUCUAUUUAAGAGAGCAUCCUAAGAAAGGAGUAUAUGUUGAGAACUUGUCAGAAUACUUUGUAAAAUGUCCAGAGGAGAUUGGCAGGUUACUGAAGUCUGGAAAAAAGAAGCUGGCCAUUGCAGAAACUAAAAUGAACAGACAGUCGAGCAGAUCACAUGCCGUUUGUCUGCUCAAGAUUGAGAGGCUGAGUGUUCCACGUCGCUACGGAGGCAUAACAGAUUCUUUCGGUAGUUAUGAGUCUUAUUACAUGUCUGGAACUUCAGACACUGAGUAUUCAAGUGAAAGUGGAUCAGUGGAGGCCGUCGGUUCCUACUACCAGUACGAUGAAGACGAGGAAAUGCUGUCAAGGAUUUCAUCUCAAACUCGUGGUUUAGCCGCAGUCAGAGGAAAACUUUAUGUCUGUGAUCUGGCAGGCAGUGAAAGGGUGAAGAAAACCAAGGCCGAGGGUGAACGACUACAAGAGGCGCAAAGCAUUAAUUCCUCUCUUCUGGAAUUGGGGAAUGUUAUACAAGCAUUAGCUGAGAGAACGAAGCGCCAUAUUCCAUACAGGAACUCAACAUUAACUAGGCUUCUUCAGGACGGCUUGGAUGGGAACUCCAAAACUAGCUUAAUCGUUUGUGUUUCUCCUUCAUUUCGUGAUGUUAACGAGACGCUAUGCAGUCUGAAGUUUGGCCUUCGAGCAAUGAAAGUUCAUAACGUUGCACAAAUUAACGUCGAGAUUGACUACCAGAAAAUGGCCAAGCAACUCAGUGAAACAUUAGAAGGAAAAGACCGGGAGUGGCGACGGCUCAAGUCAGAAUACGAGAGUUAUAUCAUGGCUUUGGAGGCAGAAAGAGACGUGAGACUACAACAGGAACUAAAGCAACAGGUGACCUCGGAAUCCUGUGAUCCAACAGAGGAGGUUCAUUUGCCGGCGACUAUGGAAGACGAGGCUCUCAAAAAUCAGACCAAGGCAGUGUUACUUGCAGAGUUGAUCUCCAUGGAGUUAUUCUAUGGCCUGGAGGAUUUGUUACGACGUGAUCCAACUACAAUAGCCCAGCGAGUCACAAGCAGUAAAUUGUACAGUCUAACUGACAAAGAUUUACUUUUACACAGCGCAGAAACGCUUCUAGAGUUGACUGAAUACUUCUUUGCAAAGAGUACCCUUGCUAAUGAGGAAAAUGGAAAAAAAUUAGCACUGAAAUGCCUUGAAUCUAAAAAUGAAAAUACUGAGUUGCCAAGCAGGUCUUUGGAACGAGAAAACGGCUCACUGCACAGCACGCCGAUAGCGGAGUCUUCAUACGAACGCAAAGUGCUUCGUGUUCGAGAGUCACUUGGCAAACUGAAACGAACAACUGAUUCUGCCGCUCUUGGCUUCCUUUCGAGACUUUUGGACACCAAGCUAGACGAAAACGAGAAAGGUUUACAAGAGUACAAAAAGCGGCUGUAUGAACUUCUAAGACAUCUUGUCAAGUCCCCGGAUACUUCCUCAGCACCCGGGGAUGGAACUCUUGUCGAUUCAGUGAAGCUCGAACAGUCCUUGUGUCACGUGCUCAUGGACAAAGCCAUUCUGAACUGCCUUUUGUUAUUGGAUAAAGCCGACAUGGAGUUCCGGAUUAAAACCUUAGCAGAGCAGCAAACUCGAUUUGAUUAUUCAGGGUUUAGCAGUAUGACAUCCGGUCAGUUUGAAUGUUCAAGUCAGUCUAGCGAUGAUUUUCUCCCCUCUCCACCCCUCUCAGGGAGACCUAGUGGUGAAGGACGCUUGACAUCAGUGGACGAAGGGGUGGUACUGGAGAGUUUGAGUGACAGCGCUAACAGCCGCGAGAAGCUCUCCGUGCAUCUGGAAAACACAGCGGAGGAACUGGAAGCUGAAAACAAACGUUUAUAUGAAAAGAACGAGCAGUUAAGAAAACGAUACGAGCAGGCCGAGGACGAAAAAAGCGAACUGGCUUUGAAGAUUCUGGAGUACGAAAGAAAGCUUGACAGAAGUGAGAAGAAAUUGAACAAUUUGAUACAAUCAGGAAACUCUGAUGAGAUCGACCUAAAGGACAAAGUGGAAGAAAAAGAGUUUGAAACAACGGAAUUAUUUACACGUGUGGAAGAGCUCGAAGAUGAACUUCAUAUAAGGGAACAGUCGAUUGGAGUGUUAAAAGAGAACGAACGAAAGCUGCGAGGACAACUUUCUGAAGAACGAAAACGCUCUGAUGAUGCAGAAGAACGCAAUGCGAAACUUCAGCUGAAAUUCAGACAGCUUGAGGAUAAGUUUGAACAAAGUGAACUUAAACUUGCAUCCUUCACGGGAUCAGAUUUGCUUGAGAGUAAUAAAAUAGCAAAGCAACUGGAAAGUUCAAUUGCAGAGAACAGGGCGUUAAACCUUAGAAUCAUUCAGCUGGAAGAGAGAAUAAACGGACUAAACGAAACAGGUAGCAUGCCACCCUCUUCAAGUAUUACUGGAAAUGAGAAAGACGAAGAUCAAAAGAAAAUCCUCGAGAGAAAAAUUAUUGAAUUGCAAGUUAAGCUGAAAGAACAGCAAGUAAAAAUCCUGAGCGUAAAAGAAUAUGAGCGAAGGCUUCGUGCUGAACUUUGUAAAGAAAUGACGAAGAAGUUAACAAAGGCUCAAACGCGCAGUCGCGAGCUUGGCGAGAAAAUCUUUGAGCUCGAGACAAAGCUUCGGCAAGCGGAGCAGCAAUACUCGACCGUGAAAGGUCUGGAUAUGAAUGUACGGAGUGCCAUGCGCGAUGACAUCAAAACUUUAACGGACAAGUUGGAAGAUGCCGAGGCUCGCAAUAGGGAACUAAGUACAAGUGUUCAGGAUGCAGAAGAACGCUUCCGACUCUCACAGCGUGAAGCGCUUGCUGCGAAACAAUCUGAAAUUGACUUACGUGAAAAAACGCAGAUGUUGGAACUCGAAAACUGUAAAAUUCAGGAGAAAUUGCUCUCUCGGAGAGAAGAGAAAACGGCCCGGACUUCCACUGGAAGGACUGCAGACAGACUAGAAAAGCUGAGAAAGGAAAACUCGAACCUUUCUUUGGAACUGAAAUCUUUCAGAGAAAACAUUUUGAAACUGGAAAGAGAGAUGCUCGAAAAAGAUCAAGAAAUUCUAAAUUUGAGAAACGAAUCAGUAGAUCUUUCAAGUGAAGUAUGCAAGUUAAGAUCCGAGCUUGAUAACAGUUCGAGAGACAAAGCCCUUCAAGAGAGAAGUCUCUUAAGAUCUGCCGAAACAGAAAAGAAACUCGCGGCAAAACUUGUUGUAUUACAACAGGAACUGGAAAAACUUCGGGCAUGCAAACCACAGAUAACAAAUGGAAAUCAACACGCUGUUGAGUUAGACGGGAAAAGUGAUUCCACAGCAUCAACUUUGAUGAUUGGUGAAGAGCGUCCUGGUGAAAUUGCAGUUCAACCUGUAAACGCCCAGAUAUUUUCAGAAGAAAAUAAUGAAAUGAUUAAAGCUUCACAAGAAGAAACAGAGCAACUUCUUAGUGAGCACAGGAAUUUCCAAACUGUCGUUGAGGAACUUCAGCAUGAAAACGCCAGGAUGGUGAAAGAGAAUGAACAGCUUAUCCAAGAAAUAAAAACUCUGGAAGCCAAUUUGUCCAUUGUGGAGAAAACAUUCCAAGCGUGUCGUUCGGAAAACGAGUGCUUGCUGCAAGAAAUAAAUCUGAAGUCAGCUGAAGCGACCACUAUGAGAACUUACGCAUCGUUUUGCAGCGAUAAGGCCAAGGAACUGCGUUCGGAAAUCGCCUCUCACAGAGAAAACGAGGCCUCUCUGGAGAAAAGAUUAACCGACUUGGAGAGAGAAUCAGCAUUCGUGCGAAAUGAGAUGGGCCAUGGGAUAUUAGAGUUUUCAGAGCUUAAGGAAAGGAAAGAAUCCUUGGAGAAAAAGAUUGUCGAAGCUAGCCGUGUCGUUGAUCGGUUAAAGCAGGAAAUUCUGGGUCUUAUAAAUGGCGUGUUAACUCUGCAAAGAGACGUGAGCACUCAUAUUGAUAUGAUAAUCGCUUCUCUCGGAUUGAAUGUGAAGGCUGUUCAGCGAUUUAGAUCGAGACCAACAUCUGCUGAUUCCUAUGAUACCUCGACGCAAACUGAGGAGUCGAGCAGUGAAGUCAGCAGUGAAAUAAACGAGAUUCUUUCGUGGAAAACUUCGUUUCUCGUUCCCCUUCUUCCAGAUAAUGAAUGCUUCUUAAAUCCUUCGGAUGUGAGCAUAAUUAGAGAGAACAAAACGGAAAUUUUACGACUGUACGAGGACUUGAAAGCUAAAAUCCUCGCAAUCAAGGACGCAUUAAGUCGAAUGCACGACGCACCAAAUUCCGGCACUGUGCAUGGCGGAAAACUUGAGAUCAAGCCCAGUUAUGAAGUUAAAAGUGAACUCGGACCUGAUUCUUUGAUGGACAGUUCCAAGAGCAGUACUGUGUUACCGCGACUCAGCAAGGCCGAGCGCGUCAAACUGUCGAGUUUACUGUCUCGAUUAAAAGAGGAAUUAGUGCGAGAAAGGACAACAAACAACGACGGUCGAAUCGGCGGUGAUGGGAGUGAUAUUUGCCUCCUUUACGACAACUUGGAAAGCAAACUUUCUCGGCUUUCAUGCGAACUUGCCACUAAAGAAGACGAGAUAACACAACUGCUAAACGAGAAGACAAAGCUUCAAAAUGAGCUGGAAGAAUGCGAGAGGGGCGUCGCCACCUGUCAGCAUUGCACCUCAAAAGUCCCGGAUGAGCUGGAGGAGAGCAGAGGUCAGCUUAAAGGAAAUCUUCUUUCUCACAUGCAGGACACCUCUCGACUUGAGGGGGAAAUAUGCGAGUUCAUGGAGUACAGGCAGAGGCUGGAGGGAGAGUUGGCUCAAAUCAAGGGAACGAUCACCGAUCUAGAGGACGAGCUGGAUGUAAGGAAGAUAUUAAUCGAGAGAUGUAUCAGCUCCAGACCCCCAGGGCAUGAAAUGGACGUUACAUAUAGCGAUUCCUCUAAAGAAGAAACAGACGAUUUCCAGUCGAGUCCGCCUGAAAAGAAGAGAAAGUCCCAGAAACGUGUGACUUUUGAAAACUUAGAUGGCGAAUCAACAGACAAGAUGACCGUCAAAAGAAGACGACAAAAACCAGGCUUACUAAGCUUUCAGGAUAUCGAAGAGACGGAUGUUGACAAGGAAGGCUGGCGAACAAUUCACAUGGAUUCCUGCGCCAUUGACCUUUGCGAACUCUUAGCUUCUAUUCCACGGGACAUUCCGAAGAGGCCACCCACUAAAGAAGAACAAGAAAUCACUGAGAUCGCAAACAGACUUUCAGGUUACGAUAAUAUGUCGUUUGAGGAUAAGGUAGAGUAUGCUGCAGCUCAGAGAAUGCAAAGCGAAGCAGACUCUGAGAUAUCUGGUGCCAUUCAGAACACCAUUUGUAAUGAAUCGCAUUUUAGAGAUGUACCUGACGAGGUGGGUGUUGACUAUGGAGAUGAUGGCCAGGUCACGUGCCAAAUGUGCGGCCUGUUUAAGAAGCGAAACUAAACGAGUACAGUCAAACUAUCCUUCGGUUCGAAGAGUUACCUGCCUUGUAACAUUCUCGUUGUCAAGUGAUGGCCCGUCGGAAGAAAGAGUACGACGGCUAUUUAUCAGACUGAAUAAAUAAUCUUCCGUCAGUGUAUAGACGUAUAUGGUGUUAAUAUCAAUUUUCUCAAUUGCAGUUCGAGCGCACUACAAGUUUUAUAAAACAGGUUUCACUAACAGCCAUAUUAUAAUUUAUGAGUGACUUGGUUUAGACCUUGUAUACAUCGAGAAGUUGAGGUCAUUAACAAGCUUGAUGUCGACAUAAAUCGAGUGAUUGUUAUCGUCAGUUGACGUUUUUAGCAGUUUCACUGGAGACUAGUAUUCCCAUGUUACAGAGUAAAUUACUCACACUUAGUACGUUCUCUUUUUGAGGACAGUAAUCAAGCGAUAUAUCUGAGAAUGAGAACAGUUUAUAAAGCAAAGUAUAAACUAUUAUAUUUAAAAGAGAAAAGCAUCUUAAAAAGACUUAGCUUAAUGGAACGUCUCUUUUUUAUCGGAAUAGGACAUUUUGUAAUUUGUAGCCAUUCUAGAUGAUUUAUACUCUUUUCAAAUUUAAGCUAAAAGAAUUCAUCGAUGUAUGCGGUGUAUCAGGAAAAUUCUGCUUCUUCCUGGAUUUCCCAAACAGCACUGAAGAUGCCAAAAUGAAACAAACUUUAUUGAUUGGCACUGGACGAGAUAGUACUUAGUAUUACUGUGAUAAUUAAUAGUUUAGCUUUUAUGACACCUACAUGGGUAAAUUAAAGUCGUUUCAAGAUUUAGUGAAUGUUAUUUAUAUAGGACACUGUUGAUGUAGGGAUUAUACUGGAUUUUAUUUUAUCAUAAAACUCGUUUCGACUGGACGUAUUCUGAAACAAACUAUCUGGAACCUGUACCUGUAAGGUUAUAUUAGCUUAAAAGAAGUCAGAAAACAUUGUUUUUGUCUCAUUAAGAAAUUAAUUUAAUGAUUUAAUUCGCUACUAAUGGUGAAAGGACCAAGUAGAGUCCAAUUCGUUCUGUAAUCGUAACAAUGGUUCACAAUAUCAAACAACUCCGAAGCGGUAGUCUGAUUUGUUAAUCACGAGUCAUUACUAUAACAAAAUUUGCGGAAAGAAAUAUAUAACCAUAGCUUAAGCAGUUGAUGACUAGAGUUGUCUUCGAGAUUCACCAGAAAAAAACUCUUUCAAGUGCAACUGUUCCAUAGUGGCGCGUGCAAAUGACGCGCACUGGCCAAUUAGCGCCCGAUUCGGGCCUGCUUAUAACCAGUCAGAUCUGAGAAUUUUGUUAUAGUACGUUUGAGUAAAAUAAUUAUAAUAAUUGGGUAGAAAAGGGCGUGGUUCGUCCUUUCACUUACUUGAUAGUGUUUUAAAAGUUAUCCAAAAUAUCACUGUUCAGUUCCUUUAAAUUGUGGAAAAUUAGAACUGUGAUGCAGUGUUAUAAUUAAAGUAAGUAAAAGUUCUCGCAUCA